AGCCCGGCCCCGUCUCGCGCGCCUGCUUCCGCCUCCCUGUGGCGGCGGCUUGUUGUUGUGGAGGCCAAAAUGGCGGCUCAGGCGGCGGCAGCGGCCCAGGCGGCGGCGGCUCAGGCUGCGCAGGCCGAGGCGGCCGACUCGUGGUACCUGGCGCUUCUGGGCUUCGCUGAGCACUUCCGCACUUCCAGCCCGCCCAAAAUCCGCCUGUGCGUGCACUGCCUGCAGGCCGUGUUCCCCUUCAAGCCGCCGCAGCGCAUCGAGGCCCGUACACACCUGCAGCUGGGCUCCGUUCUCUAUCACCACACCAAGAACAGCGAGCAGGCGCGCAGCCACCUGGAGAAGGCGUGGUUGAUAUCACAGCAAAUCCCGCAGUUCGAAGAUGUUAAAUUUGAAGCAGCAAGUCUGUUGUCUGAAUUGUACUGUCAAGAGAAUUCCGUUGAUGCAGCAAAGCCGCUGCUGCGGAAGGCGAUCCAGAUCUCACAGCAGACCCCAUAUUGGCACUGCCGCCUGCUCUUCCAGCUCGCUCAACUGCACACGCUUGAGAAGGACCUGGUGUCGGCCUGUGACCUCCUGGGUGUAGGGGCCGAGUACGCCCGGGUGGUGGGAUCUGAAUACACACGGGCGCUGUUCCUCCUCAGCAAGGGGAUGCUGCUGCUGAUGGAGCGAAAGCUGCAGGAGGUGCACCCGCUGCUGACCCUCUGCGGGCAGAUCGUGGAGAACUGGCAGGGGAACCCCAUCCAGAAGGAGUCGCUGCGUGUCUUCUUCCUGGUGCUCCAGGUCACCCACUAUCUGGAUGCCGGGCAGGUGAAGAGCGUGAAGCCGUGUCUGAAGCAGCUGCAGCAGUGCAUCCAGACCAUCUCCACGCUGCACGAUGAUGAGAUCCUGCCCAGCAACCCCGCUGACCUCUUCCACUGGCUGCCCAAGGAGCACAUGUGUGUGCUUGUCUACCUGGUGACUGUGAUGCACUCCAUGCAGGCCGGCUACCUGGAGAAGGCGCAGAAGUACACGGACAAGGCCCUCAUGCAGCUGGAGAAGCUCAAGAUGCUGGACUGCAGCCCCAUCCUGUCAUCCUUCCAAGUGAUCCUGCUGGAGCACAUCAUCAUGUGCCGCCUCGUCACGGGUCACAAGGCCACGGCGCUGCAGGAGAUCUCCCAGGUCUGCCAGCUGUGCCAGCAGUCCCCCCGGCUCUUCUCCAACCAUGCAGCACAGCUGCACACAUUGCUGGGCCUGUACUGUGUCUCUGUCAACUGCAUGGACAACGCGGAAGCCCAGUUCACCACAGCCCUGCGGCUCACCAACCACCAGGAGCUGUGGGCCUUCAUCGUCACCAACCUGGCGAGUGUGUAUAUACGGGAAGGAAAUAGACACCAAGAGGUACUCUACAGUCUGCUGGAGAGGAUCAACCCGGACCACAGCUUCCCUGUCAGCUCGCACUGCCUCCGAGCAGCCGCCUUCUAUGUGCGUGGGCUCUUCUCCUUCUUCCAGGGACGCUACAACGAGGCCAAGCGAUUUCUGCGGGAAACUCUGAAGAUGUCCAAUGCUGAGGACCUGAACCGGCUCACAGCCUGCUCCCUCGUGCUCCUGGGCCACAUCUUCUAUGUGCUGGGAAACCACAGGGAGAGUAACAACAUGGUGGUGCCUGCCAUGCAGCUCGCCAGCAAGAUCCCGGACAUGUCGGUACAGCUGUGGUCGUCAGCACUGCUGAGAGACCUGAAUAAAGCCUGUGGGAACGCCAUGGAUGCCCAUGAAGCCGCCCAGAUGCACCAGAACUUCUCGCAGCAGCUGCUCCAGGACCACAUUGAGGCCUGCAGCCUCCCCGAACACAACCUCAUCACGUGGACAGACGGUCCACCCCCCGUGCAGUUCCAAGCUCAGAAUGGACCCAACACCAGCCUGGCCAGCCUCCUGUGAGGCCUUGAUGGGGCCAUCCAGCUCCGCAGAGCCUGCGCGUCUCCGGCUUCCACCCAGACGGCACUCAAGCCUGCCCCCGAGGCGUGCUUCCUUCCUGAUUGUCUCUAGAGCUUCCAAGUCCUGGGAAUGUGCGGGGCCAGUCCCUGCCCUCCCAGGAGGGGUGGUAGCCGUUCCCACCUCGCACCAGGACCCCCAGUGCAGAGGCUCACAGGUGGCACACAGGCGCUGUCUCUCCAGAGCCAUCCUUCAGAGUGGACCUCAGUGCCAGUCCUGCCUCAGCAUCUGGGUCACGUCGGCCAAGAGUAGGGUGCAGGCCUCCAGCAGGUCCUAAUCCUGUGUGCCAGGGCAGGCAGUGCCCCAGGGGCACCACGCCUGACUCUCCAUCACCCAGGCCUUGAUGCCGAGCGGGAGUAGAGUGUUUCCUCUGCUCAAGGCAAUUUCCAGAGCCCGGAUGCCAGUUUCUGGCCUGAAUUUGGAGGGAAGAAGUAAUGGCCCUAGUGUGGGACGAAGCACAGAUCCCAGCACUUUUCCCAGCUUUCUCUCCAGCAUCGGUCCCUGCAGCAGCUGGGGCCUCUGGUCAGGAACCCUCAGGGACCCAGGAACUCAGCUUCCAAACAUCUGCACCUUGACCGGACUCGCCAUCCCACUGUGGGGGUGCAGGUGAUUGUAAACACGGGUCUGCAUGUGGAUGCACACGGGUGUGCGGUGAAGAUCUGUGGAGAUGGAGCUGGGAGCUGAGGCUCCUGUUGCACCAGCCACCUUCCCCCAUCUUGUGGCUGCUGAGGGGCAGGAAGCGGGGGAGUGGGCUUGUCUCCUAAAUUUAAGAUCACCUCCUCAGCUAGCUUAGAGUGCAUGGCACGGGCCCCCCGCCCCCGAGAUCUGGAGCCCAGGGACUUUCUUCCUGGCAGAUCUGUGGCCUUCCCUGCUCAGCCUCUUGGUCCCCCCACUCCCUCCACCGCCUCACCUUCCCUGCUGGGUCUCUGGGGCACAGUGUGAAACCCGCACCCUAGCCAGGCCCCAGGGAGCCUCCGCUGGGCCCAGACAGCAGCGUUUGGUUUUAUCCACUUUUCUUGGAUAAUCAGGAGGUACCCCAGUGGUCACAGUGUGGCAUUCCGAGUUGGCGCGGGUGGUCGGGUCAAGAUAGCAGCAGCAGGUGUCAGGGCUCAAGACACCACCCCCUCCAGCUUCUGGGGCCCAGGAGCCUCUCCCUGCUACAGGGGGUGGGGCUCCUGCUCAGCAGGGUAGGUGGUGGUUUUAGGUCUUGUCACCCUCGCUCAGUGGAACUGCCUCUGGGAGCUUUGGCGUCUGUGACUAAAGGGACGCUGGAUUGCUCAGGUCAGCUGCUCAGGGCUCCCAGGCUGGGUGUGCCUUAGCCACAGGCAGGGCUGUCAAUAACCCCCUUCCUCACUGGCCACCACCUGACAUCAGCACCAGUGACAGGCUGGUCAGAGGGCGGGGCUGGUGAGGGUUUGUCCUAAGAGGACCACUGCCAUCUCUGGGUCUCCAGGGGGAGAGCCUGGCCCUGUCCUUUGCUACCCAGGGCUGCCCCCAGGCCCAUGAAGCCAGUAGGAGAGCGUGUGGCACUGGCCCACAAAGUGUCCCUGUCCUGUCUUCCUCCCGAGCCAUGGCCUCUGCUAGCUCCACCUUGAAGGAGCCCCCCACAUCCUCCCCUACAUCCCAGAGAUGCCACCACUUGUGUCUCCACAAUGUGCUCCUGCCCAUCCGGGUUCCGCACUGUCCGACCCCUGCACACCACUCAUGUCACCAUGGCGUGCAUCAUGUUCAUCCCCAUCUAUUUAUUUAAGCCUUUCUUUGCUUGUAGGGCAUUUUGUAUGUAGAGCAGUUGAAAACAGAACCUCAGAACUUAACAUCUGUCCUGAUGUUAAAGUGCUUUUCAUGACCACCCUGUUAUCUAUGUACAUGUAAAGUUAAGGAUGAGAUCUUAAGUUUACAAUUAAAAACUCAGUACUCAAUAUUUAA